AACAACUCUCUAUAAAUGUCGCCGUCAGCGUUACUAAGCAACUGAAAAGCAGGAACGAGCAUGCUGGCUCUUUUGUGAACGUUAAGUUCGUUCAGCGCUCGAAAAGUUAUUUUUCUCGUAUCGUAACAUCUGCAAAAGCAAUGGAUGGUCUAGGUACUAUUACGUGGUGGGGAUUUAGUCCCGCAAUCGACUUUCAGGAUUCUGAUGUUGGAGCGUUGAUGAAGAAAACAUCGUUACAAGAUAAAGAUACAAGUGAUGUGGUGAAUAUUUUGUUAGUUGGAGCUGGAGACAUAAGACACAUACUGAAGACAAUUGCUUACAGGAAAAGACACAAACACAGGAAAAUAAAUAUGUUUGUAUGCGAGGCAGCUUUAGAACUCUAUGCCCGUGAUAUUCUACUUAUGGCAGUAGCCCUUGAAAUGCAAGACAGAAUGGGCUUGCAAGAAAAGAGUGAGCUAUUUCUGGAAUUGUAUGGAAAUGUUCUUAUAAGGGAACAAACGAUGCAGUACGUCCAGAAAAAGGCCAAAGAAUUCAUCAAGAUGGUGACAGAUUGUGACUAUUUGGAUGAAAAGCUUCCAGUGUUUGAUUUAUCACAGCUCAAGUUCAAAGAACGAGACUUCCUGGAGGGUAUCUUCAAACUGUGGCAAAAUACAAAGUUCACAUUUGAUGUUUCCAAAUGCUGGGAUUUGAGAUUGCGCCAAAACUUAAAGACACGGUAUGACACGAGAAUGAAUGUUUUUGAUUGGGACUAUAGCAUGGAACUCAUUGAAAGAGGCGCUGAUGUUGUGAAUAAGUCGGAAUAUCAGGCCUGGAGAAACACUGGAGUAGCCUUCCAGUUCAGGGAGGGAACUUAUGACACUCCAAAUAAGACCAUGGCAUCUGCCCGUGUGUUCGACCAUCAGGGAGAAAAGCAUGGGAGGAUGGGCUACUGGGGAGACAUUAUUGUCAGUCCGUACAUUUCACUAGGAAUUGAAUCAGAAGAACAGUCUUUAUUCAAAAAGUAUAAUAAUUUGUACACAAAAACUGCUGAAGAUGUUUCCCAGUUCAAUAUGCAAGCCAUGCUGCAUGAACUUGCAACAGGUGAGAGGUACAAGCAACCAGUGAAAGAAGAAUCCAAACAGUCAUCAUCUGUAAAAUUGACCGAAAUUACAGAAGAAGAUGAAGAAGAAAAAGAAGAAGAAGAAAAUAACAGUGAGAAAGAAAAGAUGGCAUCCUCAUCACAACAUGACCUUCCAUAUGAAGCCAUUCCCAUUGAUGAUGUCAAGGUCACCUUCUUACCACUAGGCCCUCUGAAGGAUCAUCUUGUUGCCAAGAGCAAAUACCAGAAGUUCUUUGAUGUUGUGUAUUUCUCAAAUAGUAUGGUCCACCAGCUUACACCAGAUGUCAGCAGAAUAUUUGCUAAACAAUGUACGGUUAUCUUAGAAACUGCUCAGUUUAUGCUUGAAAUUAAGAAGGAACAAAGAGAAGAAUUCCUGAAGAAAACCACAUCAAUGGCUAAAUCAGCAGGAUGUGAACACAUUGAAACAGUAGGCUGCCAGUCCAGUCCUUCACGAGGCAUCUUUACAAAGGUAGUGAAUGAUAAAGAGAUAUUCAUCAGUGGUCAUCUUCCAUCCAGUGCAAAAUGCCUCAAGCUGACUUAAGUUGCAAUUCACAUAUCCACUAAAUGGGAAACAUACCCAUUUAACAAUACAAAUGUGGUGGAAUCUUGAACUGCUUUGUAUUCUGACAAAUAACAGAGGAAGGUGCAUGUUCAUAUUGUAAGUGCAUUUGAUUAGAUGACUCUUUGAAAACAGCAGGAACUCUCUGAUCCAUGCAGCUCAGCACAAGCCGUUGCUUGAGAAGUAUCAUAGAAACUCUCGCCCCAAUGUGUCUAAAGUAGACCAGACGAUCAAGGAUAAAGGUUUGCACAAAUUGCAUUGAAGACUGUAGAAAAACAGCUCUCCAUCAUAACUUUUCUUGUUAUUGAAAGUAAGAACAUUUGUUUUGAAACCUUACUGGGUUUUCUGUCAAAGGUUUUUGUUAAAGAGUGAGUGAGUUUUGGUUUUACACCGCUUUUAGCAAUAUUCCAGCAAUAUCACGGCGGUCUUGUUAAACACUUUCAUCGAGCUUCACAAGGUGAAUAUAAAACCAGUUCAUGGAUUGUUAGUUUUAAUUUCCAUAUUGAAGACAGACUGACAUAGUAUUGGUAUACUGAAAUGGGUCAACAUCAUCCAUCUUGUCAUGGAAGUGAGAGGUCUUGGUCGCUCAUAAAUAAUUUAAUGUGUUCCUGUUGCAUGAGUAGGCAGUAUGAUUGAAAUGCUUGAUUCCAUGUUUGUAAACUGAACCACAUUCACAUUGCAAUAACAGAAUGUAUUGAACAUUGUUUCUGUAAUCAUUGUUUUCAUAUCCUAGCAUGUGGAAGUAUGCAUGAAGUGUAUUGUUGGGUUAACUGUUUAAUGGAAGGGAUCAUUAAAGACAUCAAUUGGUU